AUGGCGUACAACCACGUCCCUCCCAUUACCUUACCUCCCCACGUCGCCAACAUUGUCGCAGCUUCUGUGGUGCGUAGACUAACCAUUGCCGAGUGGCCUACGAUCUUCCACAAUGCUGACUUGUUCGGGCAACCGAUAAACCCGUACCGGAUCCCACCGCUGACGGCAGGGUUGUGGCGGGUUGAUAAUACCCACAACUUUGACCAAAAUGAAUGGAACCAAGGUGAAAGCAGCAUACAACAAGACAUUGGAGCGCUGGAUGUAAUCUUCCACUGCAGAUUGGCCCGCGGCGUGCUUCGCUUCGAGGCUGAGACUCAUGAGCUUAACAUGGAUCCUGAAUACGAUGGGCCUCUUUACGCCUUAAGGAGGUACACCGUCCGAAAUCAUCAACCCGAGCUUCAAAUUGUGCCACCAACCAUUGCCUUUGCGCAAUAUUGGUUUGAAUUUCUUUGA